AUGAUUAUUGGGGGAGCCGACGUACCCCGAGGGCCUGCCUCCAAACGAGCAAGGACACCUGCUACAGAAGAAGGGUCGGGCCGGGAACGCCCGCGUGAAGAAAUCCUCGUAUUCAGCGAGGAGGACCUCGAAGCUAUGAUGGAACCGCACAACGACGCUCUAGUCAUCUCGUUUCUCUCAAACAACACCAGAAUAAAGCGUGUGAUCGUGGACCCAGGAAGCUCGGUCAACAUAAUCAGGUCAGAAGUAGUAGGACAGCUAGGAUUGCUCAAUCAAGUCAUCCCCACCUCUCGGGUCCUCCACGGUUUCAACAUGGUCAGAGAGGAAACAAAGGGAGAAAUCAUUAUCCCAAUCGACACGUCCGGCACGACCCAGAACACCGAGUUUCAGGUUAUCAACGGUGACAUGAAACACAACGCCGUACUUGGUAGACCUUGGAUACACAACAUAAGGGUCGUGCCCUCGACCUUGCACCAGGUAAUAAGGUUUCCCACCAGGGACGGUAUCACAACCAUACAUGGGGAACAGCAAGCAACAAGGGAAAUGUUCGCAGUCCACCACGAGACGACAAUUCCCGCAUACUCGGCCUUGGACGGGGAGGGAAGCGCGCAGACCCUUGAAGACGACGAGGAAGACUUCUUCGCACCCCGGACUUUCGUCUCUCCUAAAGAAUCCGACGAGACCAAGUCAACAGUCGAGGAGCUGGAGCAAACCGUUUUGAUCAAACACCUCCCGGAUCGCAAGGUAUACUUGGGCACGGGACUGACCCCCGAACUCAGGGCAGAAUUUAUUCAAUUCCUCAGUAAUAAUAUCGACUACUUCGCUUGGUCCCAUUUAGAUAUGACAGGUAUCCCGCCGGAGAUAACGUCCCACAAACUAAGCGUUGACCCCAAGUUCAAACCCGUGAAGCAAAAAAGGAGACCGCAGUCCGAGAUGAAACAUGCCUUCAUCAAAGAGGAAGUGGCGAAACUUCUUAAAAUUGGAUCCAUCAGGGAGGUAAAGUAUCCUGAAUGGCUGGCUAACGUAUUUGUGGUACCAAAAAAGGGGAAUAAGCUAAGAAUGUGCGUAGACUAUAAAGACUUGAACAAGGCGUGCCCAAAAGGUUCCUUCCUACUGCCCAAUAUUGAUCGCUUGAUCGAUGCUAUGGCCGGCCAUGAGACCCUCACUUUUCUCGAUGCCUACUCGAGGUAUAAUCAGAUCCAGAUGAACCCCGAAGAUAGGGAAAAAACCUCGUAUAUCACAAAAUACGGAACAUAUUGUUAUAUCGUAAUGCCCUUCAGGCCAAAAAAAUGCGGGAGCAACGUACCAACGGCUAGUUAA